CAUCUGUUCUAGCAUAAUUUCACUUACUUCGUUUCGGUAUUUCAAAAGUACUUUUUCUUACAUUUUCUUUUCCUUUUGGAAUCUUCGAUACGAUAUAUUCUUGUCUUUUCUUCUUCCAUUUUUCACUACAUGGUAUCCGAUCUUCUUCAUAAUUUCAUUGCAUGAAAUUAGGACAAUAUAUUAUGCGCUAUUCAUCGAUGACGUCCGUUCUACUGCGUCAGGAAUCAAACUGAUUCAUCUAUACGUGCUAUUAUACACGAUCCACAAUUUAUGUGCACUCAAUGAAACUCUGUGCCCUAUAAAAACUUUGGUCGGAGCAACCGGUUCGUCGUGUUAUAAAUGUGUCAAUGUUAAAAUUAAGUUUUAGUCGAUUAAUUUUGCGUUGGAACUUACGAAACGAUCUUAUAACAAAAGGAAGACAGUAUCGGACAUUGAACGUAAAUAAAAUGAGCAAAGCGGACGGAAAAGGAGAUACAAAUGAACACGAUAGACCCGGAGGGUAUACAAAUCGUGGCUUCAACGGAUCAGGAGACAGUUUAAAUCUUGGCAACUCGAACAACUCCCGAAUUCUAACCGAUUCCUAUGAGAGUCAUCAAGGAAGGCAGGGUUCUUCAGAUUUUAUAUUAGUGGAAGUACCAGAGGAUGAAACGAUCGAGAACAAAGACAGCUUACUAAAUUCAGUAUUGGAAGGCACCAGACGGCGUUUGAGAUCGGCCUGCACAAAGAAAACUGUUUAUAAAAGAUUACCAAUUUUACGCUGGUUACCAAAAUACAGUGGACAAGAUGCACUCGGUGAUCUUGUCGCUGGUAUCACCGUCGGUCUCACUGUCAUCCCUCAAUCAUUGGCUUACGCCAAUGUUGCAGGAUUACCGCCUCAGUAUGGAUUAUAUGGUAGCUUCUUAGGCUGUUUUAUUUAUAUUUUAUUUGGAUCCUGUAAAGAUACACCCUUAGGACCAACCGCCAUUACUUCAUUACUUACUUAUCAAACUAUUUCACAUCUUGAUGCACCAGGCCAGCAUGCAAUAUUACUUUGUUUCUUAGCCGGAAUAAUAGAGUUAGUAAUGGGUAUAUUUGGUCUUGGAUUUUUAAUUGAUUUCGUGUCUGGACCAGUCAGCUCUGGUUUCACGUCUGCAGUAGCUUUAAUAAUCGUUACCUCGCAAAUAAAGGACGUCCUUGGCGUCCCUGCCAAAGGAGCACAGUUUCUAGAAAUGUGGAAAAGUCUUGUUGGACAAGUACACCAAACUUCAGCUUGGGAUGCUGCACUUGGUGCUGCAUGUAUAGCUCUUCUUCUACUUCUGAGGCUUCUAGCAUCGUAUAAAAUUGGACCUAAAGAUGAAGAAUCGCAAACUUCAAAAUAUCGUAUUAUAAAUAAAGUCAUUUGGCUAAUUGGUACAUCACGAAAUGCGUUACUGGUGAUACUUUGUGGCCUUUUGGGAUAUAGUUUUAGUGGAAAAUCUCCUUUCAAAUUGAUUGGAUACAUACCAGGUGGUAUGCCUACUGUACAGUUACCACCAUUUGGGUAUACCAAAAGUGAUAAUACAACUGUGACUUUUGUUGAGAUGGUUUCUAAUUUGGGAAGUGGCGUUUUAAUUUUACCACUCAUUUCAUUAAUGGAGGACAUUGCUAUUUGCAAAGCAUUUUCAACUGGAAAAUCAGUUGAUGCAACACAAGAACUGAUAGCUAUUGGAAUGUCAAACAUUGGCAAUUCAUUUGUUCAAGCUUUUCCUGGUACAGGAUCUCUUAGUAGAAGUGCAGUAAACAAUGCUUCUGGAGUUAGAACCCCAAUGGGUGGUUUCUAUACAGGUGUUUUAGUGAUAUUAGCUCUUCUGUUCCUGACACCAUACUUUAGCUAUAUACCAAAAGCCUCAUUAGCUGCUAUUAUCAUAGCAGCUGUAAUAUUUAUGGUGGAGGUUAAAGUUGUAAAACCAAUGUGGAGAACGAAAAAGUCAGAUUUAAUCCCAGGAGUAGGAACUUUCAUUGCAUGUUUAUUACUACAACUGGAAAUUGGAAUUCUAUGUGGUAUUGGAAUAAAUAUUCUGUUCAUUCUUUAUCACGCAGCUCGUCCAAAAAUAUCUGUGGAGAAACUUUCAACCAGACAUGGCAUUCAAUAUCUCAUGCUAACACCAGACCGCUGUUUGAUCUUCCCGUCAGUAGACUACGUACGAAACUUAGUAACGAAAUACAGUCAGCGUACUGGAGACAUUUCUACCCCAGUUGUAAUUGACUGCUCACAUAUUUAUGGAGCAGACUUUACUGCAGCUAUAGUAAUUGAAACACUGACAAAAGAUUUUGCGUUAAGAGGUCAACCCCUCUUUUUUUACAACUUGAAGCCUUCUGUUUAUGCAGUAUUUGAAGGUGUUGCAUCAACUGACUUUGUUGUAUACUAUACUCAAGAGGCACUGGACGAUCUCCUAAAAGAUAGAGGAUACUUAAAACAAAUUAAAUAGAGUUCAUUAUUUAUACAAGUUGAUUUAUUUGAUAUGAACUGAAUUACCAGAAUACCUUGUAUAAUGGUAAAUAUUCACUUUAUUGAAAGUUGUUAAACAACGUCUUUCUUAAUCACCUUUGAUUCUAGAGGUAUCCGAAGACAAAGACUUCUACAUUCUCAAUUUACAUAGUCAUUGAGUUUCAAAGAAGUAGGUCCAGCGUCAUUGUAUUUUAUAUUUAAAAUAGCAUUACAAUCAAUGUAAUGAAUAUUCGUGUAAUAUGUAUUAUACGCGUCAUGUUUUCAAUCGAUUUUGUUGUAAAUUGUCAUUAAUUGUAGAAAACUGUUUUUCAUCAAUUAGUAUUACUUGUUGGCUAUCACUAUAACCAACAAUAGGAUUGCAAAGGUAAUAAAAUAUAUUACUGAGUAAGACAUUUCAAUAAAUGCAGUCCUGAAUACCAUUUUACUCAUUUUACAUUGUCUUUUGUAUAUUGUGAUUUGUAUAAAAUAAAUUAAUGAAUUAUUUUGAAUAUAAAAAUAACCAUUAAUUUUGCUACCAUUAAUAGUCUAAUGAUUAACGUGUUGAGUGUUGUGUGAGCCACCGAUAGCCUAUGCUAAAUUUUCUGUCUAGACUGUUUUAAUAUUAUUUUUCAGAAUGAAUCAUUAUUACAGACAGUUUUGUAAUAUCAAUAAAUAAGACAUAUUUAUGUAUAGAAUAAUUUUCAUACCAUGGACUAUCUGUGCCCCAAAUUAUGUGAAUUUGUUGCUGUACUUAAACGUUGAGGUACUAUUUCAGAACAAGGAUCAGAAGAAAAAUUUGAAACUCACAAACAUAUUGUAAAUAG